UGCGAAUAAUGCACCAGUUUGGCAGUCUUUCGAUCACCCCAUGGACUCCCUAGUCCUUAGACAGAAGUUAAGCAUAGGGCAGAAGUUGGUGCCCAGUGUUUCUGAAAUGAAUUGGACUGCACAAGGUUUACUUUCACUUUCCAUGACUAGGACAGGCUUGUUUGCGCAGAUGGACACUGAUCCUCCACAGGUCUACUUCCUAGUUCCCGCUAAUCUUCCAUACACGAGUGAUGACUCUAAUUACAUCAAAUUUGUAAAUGGAACCUUAGCAUUGUUCACGAAUUCCACACUAAAUGAUUCUAUCUUUAUCAAUAUUCCUCCUGCUUCAUUGUUUAUGAGGUUGGAAUAUGAUGGGCACUUGAGAGCAUAUGAGUUUGAUGGGCACCAACGUCAGUGGAUAGUGGCAGAUGACCUUCUUCAGAAGCAUGGUGACUGUGGCUAUCCGACGGUCUGUGGGCAGUAUGGAAUUUGCUCUUCAAACGGGCAAUGCACUUGUCCAGAUUCAGAUGGGGACACAAACUAUUUCAAGCAAAUAAACAAUAGACAUCGCAAUCUCUGGUGUUACCGAGAAGUUCCUUUGUCUUGCGACAAUUCACAAUUUCAAAGUUUUCUGGAGCUUGGGGAUCUUUCUUACUUCACCUACAGCGCAGAUCCAGAAAGCACCCCAGAUCUUGCGAAUGCGAAUAUGGUAUAUUGCAAAGAGGCUUGUGCCAAGAAUUGUUCAUGCAAGGCAGCUUUUUUUCUUAAAGACCGCGAUAGCCCAACUGAUUCAGGUUCCUGCUAUUUAUUAACGGAAGUAUUUUCGCUAAUGAACCUAAAACUGCCUGUCAAGUCUAUUUUUUACCUCAAAGUACAGAACAUUUCCAAUGUAGUUCCUAAAUCUCCUGGUUCGAGCAGAACUCCCAGUUUCAACAAUAGGGGCAGGACGAACCGUCUUGCGUCAAUACUAGGUUCCAGCCUUGGAUCUGUAGUUGCUUUGAUCAUUGUCAUUGGGGUCAUAAAAGUUUUAUGUCGGAAGAGAGAAGCUGUUGAUGAAGCUGAGGAGAAUCAUCUAGAUCGAAUACCGGGAGUGCCUAUGAAAUUUACUUACAACAGUCUGAAAGUCAUUACCAAGGAUUUCAGCAAGAAGCUUGGUGAGGGUGGCUUCGGCUCUGUGUUUGAAGGCACUCUACAGGAUGGUUCGAAAGUCGCGGUGAAGCGCCUGGACGGUUUAGGCCAUAUCAAGAAAUCAUUUUCAGCUGAGGUUGAGACUAUAGGGAGCAUUCAUCAUGUCAACCUGGUAAUGCUAGUAGGAUUUUGCACGGAGAACUCUCGCAGGCUGCUCGUGUAUGAAUACAUGCCUAAUGGCUCGCUGGACAAAUGGAUCUUCUGUAGAUCCAGCGAAUAUGUUCUCAAUUGGCAGCAGAGGAGGAAGAUCAUUUACGACAUAGCAGAGGGUCUGAAUUAUCUUCACGAAGGAUGUAGAAGGAAGAUAGUCCACUUGGAUAUUAAACCCCAAAACAUUCUCUUGGAUGAUAAUUUUAAUGCUAAGGUCGCCGAUUUUGGCUUGUCUAAGUUGAUCGAUAGGGACAAAAGCCAAGUUGUGACAACCAUGAGGGGCACGCCCGGCUAUUUGGCUCCGGAAUGGCUGAGUGCAGCAAUCACUGAAAAAGUUGAUGUCUAUAGCUUUGGAGUGGUGGUCCUAGAAAUAGUGUCUGCGAGGAAAGUUUUCGACAACUCGCAAGACUCAGAAAGCAUGUACUUAGUGGGAGCUUUCAGGAGAAAGGUGGAAGAAGGACGGUUGUCAGAUAUGGUCAAUAUUCACAGCGAGGAUAUGCGAGUAAAUGAGGUGGAGGCGGUGAAUAUGCUGAGAAUCGCUGGGUGGUGUUUGCAAGGAGAUUUUACAAAGAGGCCUUCCAUGUCAGUCGUCAUGAAGGUUUUGGACGGCCUUAUGGAUGUGCCGGAUGACUUGGAGUAUGACUUCUCUUUCCCACCUUUGUUGAAAAGUAGAGCAAAAGUUCUUCAAGAGGAGGCUCAUUUUGCUCCUUCCACUCUGUUGAUGCCCUCGGUUCUCUCCGGACCACGGUGAAGCUGCAGAAGAGUGUAAUAUACUUUUCUGUGCAGUUAACAUUGAGGAUGCAAUUGAAAUUUCGGAACUUUGUAAUGUAUGGCUCUCCACUGUAGUUAGUUUUGAUCUCCCCAGUAGUCUGCUCUACAACAGGUGUUUUGCUUUGUCUGUGAAAGAAAAGAAAUAUAUGUCAAAAUUCCUUUCCCGGGAAACUUAGAUUGACAGAUGCAGUGUUUUCCCAGCAGAUACUUUUCAUAAGUUGUAAGGAGCAAUGAAUGAAUUCAAUGUGGAGAAGUUUUAACCGA